AGACUACAUUUCCCAUCGCGCCUUGCGCCGCGCCGGUGCCGACGUCCGGCUCCUCCCCCUCUCCCAGGGUGCCGCGCGGCGCAGCGCGCUGCUAUUGGGCGGAUUUGAAAAGAGUCCGCGGCGGCGGCGGUUGUGCGGCGGCCGUUCGGCAGGAUGGAACCAGCUUUGGAUAAAGAGAAAUUUUUCAGACCAUCCUAUAUUGCUAGUGUUGAGCUGCCUCAAAGAACAGGACCAGUAAAUGUGGAAGAUAUUAAAGCAGAUCUCUCUGAUGAAUUUUCUUUGGUUUCUUCAAGCUCAGACACAAGCCAGAGGAACAGUUUGGAGUCUAAGGGACACAUACAAGUUUGCCUUCGUAUUAGACCAUUCACCUCACUGGAAAAAGAAAAUGAAUUUCAGGAUUGCAUUUCACUUGAAGACUCAACAAGCAUCAUACUGAAACCCCCCAAAAACUCUUUGAGUCGGCUGAGUGAAAAAACUGCUGGACAGCUGAUACAGAAGUUCACUUUUUCACAAGUGUUUGGACCUGAAACAACUCAGGAAGAAUUCUUUGACGGUACUAUGAAGCAACCAGUACAAGAUUUCUUAGAAGGAUAUAAUCGGCUCGUUUUCACGUAUGGUGUUACAAAUGCUGGGAAAACCUACACGUUCCAAGGGACAGAAGAUGAUGUUGGCAUCCUUCCAAGGACUAUGGAUAUGUUAUUUAAAAGUAUUCAAGGAAAACUAUACACAGCAAUGGAUCUCAAACCCCAUCGGUGUAGAGAUUAUAUAAAGCUAACUAAAGACCAAGUGAGAGAAGAAACUGCUAUUAAAAAUUCAAUACUUCGUCUAACCAAAGAGGUAGACCAUCAAUAUAGCACUCACAGCAAAGCACCGGUUGAUUCUAAGGAUGUGAAAGAACUCUUAAAAGAAUCGGAGCAAUCUAGUCCAAGUGUGGAGAAUUACAUGAAAUUUUCUGUCUGGGUUUCAUUUUUUGAGAUUUACAAUGAAUGCUUUUACGACUUACUGAUUCCAAUAUCAAAUGACAAGAAGAGGAAAACACUACGUCUUGCGCAAGAUGUCAAGGGAUGCUCUUAUGUAAAAGAUCUCCAGUGGGUUCAGAUUUCCGAUUCUAAAGAAGCUUUCAGACUUCUAAAGCUGGGGUUGAAACACCAGAGUAUUGCAAGCACAAAACUAAAUACUACUUCCAGCAGAAGUCACAGCAUAUUCACAGUUAAGAUGCUAAAAAUUGAAGAUUCAGAAGCACCACGAGUGACACGUGUCAAUGAAUUGUCACUUUGUGAUCUUGCUGGUUCAGAAAGAUGUACCAAGACACGCAAUGAAGGUGAUAGAUUGAAAGAGAGUGGAAAUAUAAACACCUCUCUUCUGAUUCUGGGCAAGUGUAUAAAUGCACUCAAGAACUGUCAACAGUCAAAGUUGCAGCAGCACAUACCAUUUCGGGAAAGUAAACUAACUCAUUUCCUUCAAGGUUUCUUCAGUGGAAGAGGGAAAGUGUACAUGAUAGUAAAUAUAAGCCAGUGUGCUUCAGCAUAUGAUGAAACACUCAGUGUGCUGAAGUUCUCUGCCAUCGCACAAAAAGUUUUGGUUCUGGACACUUCUAUUCUUCCCCAAGAUCAGUCAUUUGGCCAGAAAUCAGCAAGAGAAUCAGCACUUCUUAGUGACACUAAAAUGCUAAUAACAAGGAAAAGAGCUACAAUACUUUGGGACAGGAGCUUGGAAGAUGUGAUUGAAGGUGAUGAUGAGAUGGAAGAACAGCAUAAUAUGUCAGGAGAAGAAGCAGUGCAGAAAUACGAAGAAAAUAAAGUUGUUAUUGGAAAGGAUGAAUAUAUGACACUGCUGAGUCUUAUAGAAGACUUGAAGAACAAACUUAUUACUGAGAAGAAGGAUAAGUUACUUCUGGAACUAAAAAUCCGUGAAGAAGUGACACAAGAAUUUACCCAGUAUUUUGCACAGCGGGAAAUAGAUUUCAAAGAGUGCCUUUCUCAUGAACGGGAACGGCUCGAAGAAAAUUCUGAAAGACGUUUGGAAAUCUUUAAGGAACUUGUAAAUGGUUAUACCAAAAGCCUUGAUGAGGAAAAAUUAAAGGAUCUGCCUUGCAGUGAGCAAGCUGGGCCUCUGAGUGGAGGAUAUAGCAUAGCUCCAGACAGCUGCACUGAUCUCGAGGGCAUUAUUGAUUCCCUGCAGAAUGAUGUCAUUGAUAUUAAAAAGCAAGCAGAAGCGGCACACAGGUACAUUGUGUCCCUAGAGGAUCCGCAGGAAGCUAUAGGUUGGCUUGAAAAUCAACUAGGCAAAACUACCGCUGAACUAACUAAGACUAAAGAGGAGCUGACAAAGAAGACCACUGAACUCAUGAAAACUGAAGAAGAACUGACACAGAAAAGCAGAGAGUUCAAAAUGCAGACGACUAAAUUGGAUGAGUCUGCUGAGCAACUUAAAGAAGCAACUGAGAAAAUGAAUACACAGAAUAAAAGGAUUCAAGAGCUAAUGGACAUUGUGGAGCAAAAAGAUGAUGUUAUUACAAGACUACAAGAUUUGAUAUCCCAUUUAGAAGCAACUGUGAAAGACUAUGACAACACUGUAACUGCCAUUAAAAGAAAACUGGCAAAGGAGAACUCCAAGAAAAUUGAAAGCUCCCAGCUCAAGGAAUGUGAGGAAACUGUGGUGGAAAUAGGAAGAAAACGUUGCUUUGAAGAUAAGCCUACUGUGGAAGAAGAGCCACCUACAAAGAAAGGAGCUAUCAAGGAAUGUUGGGAAGAUGAUUUGCUAGAGCAAGAGAGAACUGAAUAUAUGAAACAAAAUACUUCUGAGAACAAUGCAGAAAUACUAGCGUUGAAGGGAAGAACUGAAGCCUUAGAAUCUCAAUUAGCUGCCCUUGAAGAACAAUGCAGAAGAGAACAGAUCGAAAAAGAAGAGUGCAUCGGACGGAUGACAAACCUGCACUCUGAGCUCUCUGCCUCUGAAGAAAGAGCUUCUGGUCUGAGUGAAGAACUUCAGCACUGUCAAGCUAACUAUCAGGAAGUUGCUUCUGAACUGAAGAAACAGAAAACUAUAAAUAAGGAACAAGAAGAAAAGAUUACUCUGUUAAGUAAGGAAGUAGAAUGUGCCAACCAAAAUAUAAUUGAUAAAGUGUCCCAAAUAAAAACAAUGCAGUCCAAGAUAGAUGAUUUAUGCAAAUGUCACUUAGAGUCUUGUGCUAUGGAUGUUGAUCUAGUUAAUCUAAAGGAUCUCCUAGAAGAUUCUCAAAAAGAUGAACCAGAGAGAUCUCAAGUUGGUCCUUUAUGCAUGCAAUCCCGAGCUGCUUCUACAGAAGACUUGAGACGGGACAGCUCCUUUCGUUGCAGUGUCGAAAGCAUUUGGGAAGAAUGCAAAAAAAUUAUUAAGGCUUCCUCACAGAAAAGUCAACAGAUUCAAGAACUACUUCAACAAGUUGAAAACUUAAACAAGGGACUUGCAGACAGUGAAAAUGAUAAUAAUCAGCUAAAAAUAAAAUUAAGUGAGCUUACAAAUCAAGGUAGUCUGUCCAUAAAGGGAGAAGACCUUAGGAAUCAAUUACAAGAGCAAAUCCAAAAGAAAACCCAGGAUUCUGAAAAACAGGCUGCUGAAGAUCAUAGAGCAAUUGCACAGUUUGAAGAGGAAGUUACCAACUACAAAGAAAAAAUAAAGGAGCUUGAAUGUAUCUUGGAGGAUUUUAGAACUAAAGAGGACAGCAGAACAAACUUAGAAGAAGUACUUAAGGAAAAAGAAUCUAUUAUUUUAAGUCUAGAAAGUACUACAGUAGUCCUGCAAGAAGAAUGUGCUAAUUUGGAAAAAAAAUUGAAAGAACUAAAUGAUCAGGAAGCAAAUCUGAAGGAGCAAGUUGUGCAAUUGAACAGCAACUUGGAGAAGGUGAAACAUUCUCUUCAUGAAAAAGAGAAAAGUGAUAAUGAGAAAGUACAAUCUAUAGAAUUGCUAAAUAAGGAGCUCUCUGAGAGUUCUGCCCUCAUACAGAGUCUGAAAAAAGAUCUCCAGAGGAAAGAUGAAGAAUAUACAGAUUUGAAAGAGAAGUGUUCUGAUGCCAAGAAACAGAUUCAGCAAGUACAAAAGGAGGUGUGCACAAUGCGUUCAGAGGAGAAAUCCCUGCGGAACAAAGUUAACGAACUUGAGAAAAUUAAAAGCCAGCUUGGUGAGGAGUUAGAUAUCAAACAGCGCACAAUCCAGCAACUUAAAAAGGAGCAGCUGAGUAAUAAGAAGCUGGAAGAACUCUCCAUGCAGUAUGAGAAAUCAUGUAAAGAUCUGUGUGCAAAAGAAAAAAUAAUUGAAGAUAUGCGGAUGACAUUAGAAGAACAAGAACAGACUCAGAUUGAACAGGAUCAAGUGCUUGAAGCCAAAUUAGAAGAGACAAACAGAUUAGUUUCAGAAUUGGAAGCAUGGAAGCAGAAAUAUAGAGAGCUGAAGAACCAGAGCAAUAGUGACUGGCAGCAACAAGUACACAAAAGAGAGGAGAAAAACAUAAAUGCAAAUAGUGAGGAAUCAAUAAAGCUGCAAGAAAAACUGAAGGAGUAUGAGGAAAAGUAUCAAACUGACAGAAAGAAGUGGCUUGAGGAAAAAAUGGGACUCAUAAGUCAAGUAAAAGAAGCUGAGAGUCAUCGCAACAGAGAAAUGAGAAAAUUUGCUGAAGACAGAGAACGUCACGUAAAGCAACAAGUAGAAAUUGAAAGACUUACUGCACAGCUGGUAGAAAAGGACAGCAACCUUCAAAAGUGGCGUGAAGAAAGAGAUAAAUUAGUAGAAGCUUUAGAAAUACAGCUCAGGACUCUGGCUUCUAGCACCACCCAAAAGGAUAAAGAAAUAGCAGAACUGAAACAGGCUGCAUUAAAGGAUUCGGGAAAGGAUAAUGAAAAUGUGAUAGAGGAACUAAAAAGAGAGUUGGCAGACAAAGAUGACAUUAUAAAAGAGUUGAAACAAAGCAUUCACCAAGAAAAUCUUCAGUCUUUAGCUGUACCAUUGCCUAAAAAAGAACAAAAUACAAUGGAUCAGUCUGUGUGCAGCAAAGAGAGCCAUUCAGACAUCGUCCUUGAUUCUUCUGAAGUGUCCACAGACAACGGAAGAACUAGUCGGUUCCCAAAGCCAGAGAUGGAAAUCCAGUUCACACCUCUGCAACCUAAUAAGAUAGAGGUGAAGCAUCAGGGCAGCACCUUGCCAGUAACAGUUAAAAUGCCCAAACCAAGAAGGAAAAGAAAGAGUGAAGAGAUGGAUGAGGAUUUCGUGAAAAGUGAAAAUAAGAAAAAUGAGAAAUCUGCUAUGGCUAUUAAUUCACCUUCUACAAGCAACACGAAAAUGAUGUCUACCACACAGUCAUUUAGAAAAGAAUACCAAUUAAGAAAGCACGAAUCUACUUCAAGUACAAAGUCAGCUAGAAAGAAGGAUGGAACCCUACAAAAAAUUGGAGAUUUUUUCCAAAGUUCUCCUACUAUUAUUCAUUCUAAAGCAAAGAAACUGAUUGCGACGAUAAGCUCUCCUAAGUCUGCAGAACCAGAAAGUCUCAAAGAAAAUGAGAUUAAGCCAAAGCGAGCCAAGAGAAAGCUGUAUUCAACUGACAUUUCCAGUCCUCUAGAUAUCCCUGCUUCUUCGAUUUUCAUGGAACAGAAAGAAAAGGAAAGCGAUCACCUAAUCAUCAAGCGACGUCUACGAUCAAAAACAGCUAAAUAAUCAUGUAAAAGCAUGUUUACUUUUCCUAGUUAGAUGUAUAUCUAUUCUGUUAUUUCAGCUGAUUGUACAUAGGAAACCAUACAUACUUCAUCAUGCUCCUAAGCCUGUGUAUAGAUGUACAGAUUAUUUCUGAUGUUUUCAAAUUCUGACUCCAUUAAAGCUGAAAUAUAGUUCAAGAAA